AUGAGUUACUCUCGAGGCGGCGGAUCAUCUUAUGGUGGUGGUGGCGGUAGCGGCGGUCAUUAUAGUCGAGAUCAAUCAAGAGGUUCAAAUCGUUAUGGUAGUAGUUCAACUGGCAGAAGUUCUGGAGGAAAUAAUUUACUUAGUGAAAUGGAGAAUAUGCCAAUACCUGCACCGCGUGCUGGUCCACCAGUAAUAAAAAAUUUUUACACAGAAUCACCAUUGAUCGUAAACAGACCGCAGAGUGUCACCGAUCAAUUUUAUACACUAAAUGAAAUGGCCAUACGUGGUUUUGCUCCAAAGCCUGUUCUUUCAUUCGAUGAAGCUCCAUUUACCAGUCAGAUGAAAUCUAUUGUACAUCGUCUCGGAUAUCAACGUCCCACAGCUAUUCAAUCCCAAGCUUGGCCGGUUUUAUUGAGUGGAAGUGAUUUAUUUAUGAUACCUGGAUUAAUUCAUGCUGCUGGUCAAUCUGGUUCACGUCACGGUGAUCCAAUAGUUCUUGUUUUGGCACCAACACGUGAAUUAGCACAACAAAUUCAAAGUGUUUGCAAUGAUUUUUGUUCAGCAACAAAUGCAAGAAGUGUCUGUGUUUAUGGUGGUGCGCCAAAACCACCUCAAAAACGCGAUAUUCGGCAUGGACUGGAAGUCUGUAUAGCAACACCAGGACGUUUGUUAGAUUUUGUUCGUGAAAAAACAAUUAAUCUCGAUCGUGUCACUUAUCUUGUACUGGAUGAAGCAGACAGAAUGUUGGAUAUGGGCUUUGAACCACAAAUAAGAAAAAUUAUUCGAUAUAUUCGGCCUGAUCGUCAAACAUCGAUGUUUAGUGCAACAUGGCCCAAAGAAGUACAAAAAUUAGCAGAAGAUUUUAUGUCCAAUUGUUCUCAUAUAACUCUCGGCAAGGCUGUAUUGAAUGCAAAUCAAAACAUUCAUCAAAUUGUCGAUGUUUGUGAAGAAAAUGAAAAAGAAUCCAAAUUGGCCAAAGUUCUUGCAGCUGUUAUGCGUGAGCAAGAUUGUAAAGUGAUUAUAUUUGCACAAACAAAAAAACGUGUUGAUGAUUUUUUCUUUACUGUUAAACGGUUGGGUUAUCCAGUAUUUCCAAUUCAUGGAGAUAAACGUCAACAAGAACGUGAUCGUGUUUUGUCAGAAUUUCGAAAUCGUCCUAGAGCUGUAUUAAUUGCUACUGAUGUUGCAGCUCGUGGUUUAGUUAAAUUGGAGCGUACAUCAAAAAAAAACAGGAGUAGUACGUUCAAUGGUUAUAUCGGUGCCGAAUACAACGGUCGUCGUCGUCGAAUAUUUAUUUAA